AUGGACUACUCACGGGAGAAUCAUGCUAGUUUAGAUGAUGCUAACUUUCAUAAUUUUUUUAGUGGUGAGGUUAGCCCCAUUGCGGAGCAUAAUGUUGAAAAUUCUCGAUACAAUAAAAUGAUGAGGGAUGCUUUUGGGACGUUUUCUGGGGUUCAUUCCGAACCAAAUGAUGAGGCUAAGCAUUUCUAUGAACAGUUACUAGAAGCUAGUCAUCCAUUGUAUGAAGGCUCGGUGCAUUUCAAGUUGUCUGUUGCGGUUAGAUUGCUAAGUAUUAAAGCAGAUAGUUCUAUUUCCCAAGCGGGCAUGGAUUCUAUUAUUGGGCUUAUGAAUGAACUUAAUCCGAGUAACAUUGACUUACCAAAAGAUUUCUACACUACUAAAAAAUUGGUUUCUAAGUUGGGUCUUUCAUCAGAGAGAAUUGAUUGUUGUGAGAAAGGUUGCAUAUUAUUCUAUAAGGAUAAUGCACCUCUAGAGAAUUAUAGAGAAGCGUGGAAGCAUUUUCAUAGGGUGUUCCCCGAGUUUGCUAGUGAACCAAGAAACAUUAGGUUGGGAUUAUGCACAGAUGGAUUUACUCCAUUUGCUGUCUCUGCUUCACCAUAUUCAUGUUGGCCAGUGUUUGUUACUCCGUAUAAUCUUCCGCCCGAGUUGUGUAUGACAAGUCCAUAUCUGUUCCUAACUUGUAUUGUUCCAGGUCCACGCAAUCCGAAAAGUUUGAUUGAUGUAUACUUGCAGCCUUUGAUUGAUGAGUUACAAUUAUUAUGGCAUCAAGGUAUGGAAACAUAUGAUAUAUCAACCAAACAAAACUUCAGAUUGCAUGCUGCUUUGAUGUGGACUAUAAAUAAUUUUCCUGCUUAUGGAAUGUUGUCCAGGUGGUCGACUGCUGGAAAGUUUGCUUGCCCUUGUUGUAUGGAAGACACUAAAGUAUUUACUUUAAAACAUGGAGGUAAAAAUACAUGGUUCGACUGCCACCGUAGAUUCUUGCCAAUGAAUCAUGAAUUUAGGCGAAAUACAAGUGCAUUUAUGAAGAACCGAACUAAUUUUGAGGAGCCACCGGCCUGCUUGUGUUCAGAAGAAAUUUGGAAUAGAGUAUGGGAUAUGCCUAAAGUAACAGAGUCUCCACCAUCUAAGAUACCAGGUUAUGGUGUCACACACAACUGGACUAACCGGAGCAUAUUUUGGGAAUUACCUUAUUGGAAGCACAAUCUUCUUCGGCAUAAUCUGGACAUCAUGCAUAUCGAGAAGAAUUUUUUUGACAACUUGUUUAACACUAUUAUGGAUGUUACUAACAAGACCAAAGAUAACUUGAAGGCCAGGAUGGACUUAAAGGAAUAUUGUAGGCGAAUUGAGUUGUAUCUGACAUACUUUAACAACAAGAUACAGAAGCCCAAAGCCAGUUACACGUUCAUCUUGGAUGAGAGAAGAGAGAUUUGUAGUUGGUUUAACAAUUUGAGGAUGCCUGAUGGGUACGGAUCAAAUUUAUCCAGGUGUGUUGACAUGAAAGAAGGGAAGUUGGCGUCAAUGAAAAGCCAUGAUUGUCAUAUUUUCAUGGAAGCGUUUGAUGCCUAUUGCGUUCAAUGCAUUGCCUGA